CGAAGCUCGAGCUCGGGGCCUCGGGCCGACUGUUAUCUACUUCCGAGUCUCCCGAACAACUACCAAGUUUAGAAAGUUCUUAUUGCAACAUUAAACUCAUGUAAGACGCAAAGCUCGUAACCUGCUCUCAACCGCCUUCUUUCGGGGAGAGAAGAUGCCUCUUGAGCCCAUCCCGUUAAACGAUGGAAACAAGAUCCCAAGCAUUGCCUAUGGGACAGGGUCCAAGAUGAAGUUUCACGACAUCACACAAUACAUUGAACAAGCCAUCGAAACUGGGUUCUCGCACAUCGAUACCGCAGUAUUUUAUAAAACCGAGAAAUUUGUUGGGAGAGCUAUCAAGGAAAGCGGACUAGCGCGUUCGGAAUUAUUUGUCACGACCAAGUAUUUUGGAGAGGUGCCCGUUCAGAAGAGUGUUAGAGAGAGUUUGAAAAACCUCGGUCUGCAUUAUUUGGACCUAUACCUGAUCCAUCAACCUCGAAUCAUACCCAAUCUUGUCAAAACAUGGAAAGAGUUCGAGAAAGUACAGCAAGAUGGGUUGGCCAAAAGCAUCGGUGUCAGUAACGUUGUCGAUGUACAACAACUCGAGAACCUUCUCAAAUUUUCCAGAAUUAAACCUGCUGUGAAUCAGGUAAGUCCUUUGAUUAAUGCAGUGGAGAAUGUUAGAAGGAAGCGAUCCUUCGACCAUAACAUGACGGAUGGACGCAUACCUAAUAACGCUCUUCAGAUCCGAUUACAUCCGUACAACUAUCACGACAUGAAACCAGUCAUGGAUGCAUGUGCCAAGCAUAAUAUUGUAGUUGAAGCUUACAGCAGUCUCUCACCGAUAACUACAUAUCCAGGUGGACCCGUUGACGUGCCUCUCAAAGCUGCCGCUCAGCGAAUCGGUGCCACCCCGACUCAGGUAGUCUUCUUGUGGGUAAAAGCAAAGGGGGCGGUUAUUGUCACAACCACCACUACCAAAGCUCAUAUGGAAGAAUACCUUGCCGUAGCGGAUUUGCCUUCGCUAACUAAAGAGGAGGUUAUCGCUAUCGACACUGCAGGUGCUCAAGGGCCCCCGUCUGACAUUGUUACUAAACUACGUGCGACAAAUACCAAGGAAAAGAUUUUGGUAGCUCUGGUCGUAAUGAUGUUUGGGGUAUAUGGAUUGUCCAUGUUUGGACGGAUGUGUCAAUGAGGGCUACUACAUGGAGAACAUGCAGAAAUACGGGUAACAAACAAAAAUCUACAGAACAAUG